AUGGAGAAGCUGAACACUGAAGAUGGACAGCUCUUCAUAAAAAAUCUCGCUAGUUUUGUUCGUACACACGAAAAGGCCCUUGCAAAUGCGCUGCAAUUAAAGCGCCAACCAACCAAAAAUGCGCAAUCCUCCCAUACCCAGUCGGGCUCGUCGAGCUCGGCUUCCUCCACUCUUGCAGCGGCCCUGUCCUUCGGGGCACUGAAAUUCACCUCGCAGAAUGUUAAACCUGCCAAACUUACCCUCACCCCCCAUCACCUCUUUUACCUUUUGUCCCGCUUUGAAGAACUUUCUAUUGCCGUUGGUCCCCUGAAUGUUAGGCUGGAGAAUAUCCACACGGAUGGAUCGCAGUCCUAUGUGUCAUUCCUGAAUAAGCCUCAGCGAUCCAGGGGUGACCGGGACUCUAUCCACUCCGUGUCCAGUGUCCGUAGCGUCAUGUCUGGUAUGAGUUCACUUUGGUCUUCAUUUGGUUUGGUUUCCAAGGACUCGGCUUCCAAAUCCGAGAAGGCCAAAGCAGCUCUAGAAGCGGAUACCAAAUACCUAUACUCUGCCUUUACCAAGAUUCCCUGCCUGCGUUUAGCCCCUGACCGCCGUGCCCGGUUGAUCCGUGGUUACGAAGAAUUCCCUUUUGACACCGCCGUUCCACUGCAUUCCUUUAAGAAUUUGAGCGCGUUAGAGAUUAUUGAUAUAGACUUUCGCUCGUUCUUCGGCUGGGAUAGGCUGUCCGAGCAGUUGCGGACGCUGACAGUCAAGAGGGCUAAUAUCGAGGACCCAGCAGAAUUGCUCACAGGCAUUGUGCUGGAUGACAUUGACAAACGUCGGCGGCGUUCGUCAAAGCAUCACCACUCACCGAUGAUGGGAUGGACUUCGAUGAUCAGGAUGGCAUCAGAGGGGUCCAAAGCUCGACCACGCACCGGAAGCACUUCCCCCACACGUCCCACCAGCUCGAAACACUCAACUUACCGUCAUGGUCGUGGAACCGCCUCCCGAAUAAGACGUACUGGCUCAGGUAGUUCCAACUCCAGCGAAACCUCGGGUCACCGCAGCGCAAGCUCUUCCAAUCUACUCUCCGGUGUCUUGCCGGCACACAAGUGGCGGUUCUUGCGACACCUUGGCCUCCCCGACAACUCCUUGACCUCCAUCACUGCCGCCGGCCUUGCCCCAGUGGCCAAUACUCUACAAUCGCUCGAUCUAUCGUCGAAUCUUUUCACCGAAGUACCCGACAGUCUUGCAUCCCUGGUUGCCUUGAGAGCUUUGAACCUCUCUCAUUGCAUGAUCGAAUCCCUCCACUCCUUAUCGCGGAACCCUCUUCCCGCCAUAACCGCACUCAACCUCCGUGGGAACCGUCUCCGUUCUCUCGCGGGAAUUGAGAGGCUGCUUUCGUUGGAACGGCUGGACCUCCGAGACAACAACCUUACGGAUCCUACUGAGAUUGCUAGACUCACCAAUCUCCCUGAGAUACGGGAGAUUUGGGUUUCUGGCAACCCCUUUGUGAAAACACAUCCGAACUACCGUGUUGUGAUUUUCAACUUGUUCCGACGCACUCCGGGUUACUCCGAGGACAUCAUCAUCGAUGGGUCGGGACCAGGAUACACCGAGCGAAAGCAACUGGUGGAGCGAGCUGCGGAACCCGAGGCUGCACCCGUCAUACGAUCUGCUGCGGCAGAUCUUUCUACCGUGGUCAGCAAGCCCCUGCACACAGUCCCCCAGGAGCCUUCGCUGCCUUACGAGCAAAUUGGACCAGUCGGACGAGUGGGCCAAAAUGGAGUCGAUGUUGGAUCUACUCGUCGGAAGAAGGGUACACGGCGGAAGAUUUCCGAUCGCCCAAAAGAUAAGCCUUCCGCUGAUGUUAAUCGUGAUUCAGGUGCGGUGGUGCCUUCUAUUCCUUCUGUUCAGCCUGUGCAAUUACCUGUUGAUCCGUUUGUCACGGCAACACCCGACCGUCAAUGGAAAUCUGAUGGUGGACCUCAGGCCAGACCCGCAAGUCCCAAGAUCCCGGAAAGGACUGAGAUUGGACGCGACUCAUCCGCUCUUCAGACCCAAGACCAGCAGCUUGGCCUCCAGCGUGCACUCCAGGGUAAAGACUGGAGUGUAGACGGAGAUUUCUACAAACGGCAACUAGAGGCUCUCAGGCAAGAACUUGGAAAUAGCUGGCUCAGGACGCUCGAGGAACACAGGUGGAAGGAUGUGCAGACAGACAUCAAUGUGUCCUGUACUGCAGCUGAUUAUGCUGAUCCCACGAGGAUCCCAGUGGACCCCCUGACCAGGGUGAAUCCCCAGGUCAUCCUGAGUGGUGGCCAUGCCCUAAAUUGA